AUCAAGUCGAGUCCCAAAUAAAACCUCCCUCCACCUCUCCACCACCGCAAUGGCCAGCAACGAUCUCUUCACGUCCUUAAUCUCCGACAUCAAAUCAUACUCCGGCAAAGACCCUCUUCUCCCUUGGCUAAGAGGGAUUCGAAGACUUCAAGACUCACUUCCGCAGAAGAUUCUAGAGGACAAGCUGCCCCGCUUCUUGCAGAAAUGCGCGCAGAGCUUCCAGUCCGACGAGCGCUACCGGAACGACCCGCGGUACCUCCGAGUCUGGUUGAAGCUGAUGGAUUUUGUGGAGGAUCCAAGAGAGCUUUUGAGGACGAUGGAGGCGGAUCGGAUUGGGACGAAGCACCCUCUUUUCUACCAGGCAUAUGCUCUUUACUUUGAGAAGAACAAGAAAUUUGAGGAGGCUGAGAAGAUGUACCAUUUGGGGGUGCAGAACCAUGCAGAUCCCAUUGAAGAACUAGAGAAAGCAUAUGAGCAGUUCCUGCAGCGCAUGGAGAGACACAGGAAACGGAAAGACCAGGAAAAGAGAACCACAAAAAGAGUAACAGAUCGGAGUGGAGUCUCUCGUAUUAAUAGAGAAAGGAAAAAUGAAAAGGAAUGCAGGAUCGGCGAUAGGCCUACAGAAGGCCGGCAUGAUGGACCUAGAAGUAAGCAUCAAGUGACUGCUGGAGGAGGGUCAGAUGAACGGAUGAUGCCUUGCAGCGAUGAUACAGUCGUGGGGAAGUUUGUAGACACUGCCAUUGUCGGAAAAUCUGAAGCAGAAGAUGCUUGUCACCAUGGACUGGUGGAUCCUACUAUAAACAUGAAAGAGGCCAUGAGUGCCAUAAAUAGUAUGUUUCGAGAGCCUUUAGAGAUGGCUCCAGUUAGAAGAGGAUCACGCCAAUGCCAACAAAAGGAAAAUAACACAAACAAUGGAUUCCAGGUGUUUGUUGAUGAAAACUUGGAUAAGGGAGGCAAAUCAAAAGAUAAAGGUGUUUCAAUGGUGCAGCAAAGUAGAACUGCUAGCCAUCAGUCUCACCGAGAACCUUUAAACAUUUUCAUUGAUGAUGAUCAAGAUAGCCUUGGGCAGAGUGAAGUUCAGAAUCUGACAGAAGAUUCUUCCCCAUCUGCUUCACAUGGAAAUGCUUCUGUGUUUCUAAAUCCAAAAGAUGUUUCAAGUGAAAGUCCUAAUGGUUUGGAUGUCGAAGGUUCAUCUAGACCAAGGUUUAGAGAGGAUACGAUGAUGGUUCGUAGGAUUGUUGGGACCACCAUUUCGGAGGACCCGCAGGUGGAAAACGCUUGCCACCAUGGCUUAGUUGAACCAACUAUCAACUUAAGGGAGGCCAUGGAUGAUAUCAAUAACAUGUUUGGCAAGCCAAUAGAUUUUGUUAGAAGCAGAAGAGUUAAAAGGCAGGACAGAGUACCAGAGAAGAAACAAGAUCUUGGUGGGUUUUGUAUACUUCCUGAUGAUGAAGACGACGAUGACGAUGAUAACUUGGAACAACAAGAAGUGCAGAAAAUGAAAGAUCUACCGGAAAAAUCGGAAAAAUCAAAAGAUUCUGAUCUGUUUGAGACUACUGUUUUUACAAAGCAGGCCAUGGAUGAUAUCAAUAAGAUGUUUGGAAUGCCACUGGACUUUUAGGUACAUUUCAACUGCAAUCUGUGUGCUGUAGAUUAGUGAAUUUGUUGUUUUAGAAUGUAAGAGCUAUGUUUCUCCUUUAGCCCCUGUACUUGAAAUUUGGUAUCCUCAAUGCAAACAA